UGCUUAAUUAAAAUAUUAAACACAUUGAUAAUAAGAAACUUGUGCCAUAAAUAAAUUGAACAACCCUAAUUUUGUCUGUAUCUCUUUCAAAAUCCAAAAUCCAAGAAAUUGGGCGAGAAUAAUGAGGAUCGCUAUUCUCAACGACUCCACAUUGACCGAUUUCAUCCAAGACACGGAAUCGUUCGACAAUGGCGUAACGAAAUGCUUCGAGGCCCUCGACAUUGACGGCGACGGUGUGCUCUCGCGGCAGGAGCUUCGCGACGGAUUCGGCAAGGCUUUGCCGAUCGGAACAGUGGGGAAGGAAAUGGUGGAUAAUCUGUUCGAUACGGUUAUUGGGAGAUUCGAUGUGGAAGGAAAGGGCAGCAUUGGUCGAGACGAGUUCAAAUCGCUCUCGAAGGAGAUGUUGAUGGCCAUGGCUCGUGGGAUUGGGGGUACUCCGAUUCUUCUUGCGAUUCAUCAGGAUAGCUUGCUUCUCAUUGCUGUUGAUCAUGAAAAAAGAUAAAAGAAAAGAUUUGAUUUUUUUCUUAGUUUUUACAAAACAAAACGAUAUUAAUUGGAUCUCACUGCAUUGAUAUGCUAACUUUGAUACAUUUAAUUUUUUAACAUAUAUUGUAAUACAUUUCAUAAAAUUGAAAAAGAAGAAGAUUGAGAUUUGUUUGUGUUUUUCUUUGAAUGUAGUUUGUGAUCAAACGAACAAAGUUUUGGGUUUUAAUAAAAUUGUGUCUUUGAAGAUUUUCAUCUA